AUGCGCCUUUUGGCGUCUGAUGUUGCCCGUCUCCCCUCCUGCUCCUCGGCUCGGCUCGUAUGCACCUCUUUGAGUGAAACGAAGCACUGGCAAGCUUCGAACCGACGGCAAUGCUUCAAUUCGAUUAGCAAGCCAGCUCCAAGAGCUCUGGUUGCAGCUUCCGCGAGAUCAUUGGCUCUUGUUCGCCAUGAAUGCUGGACACCCACGGCCGCCAGGCCAGACCUGAACCAGUACUCUACCACCGCCACCGUUGUCCCCCCCACUGUCCCCUUUGCCAAUCUUACCGUCGGAGUGCCUACCGAGAUCUUCGAGGGCGAGCGACGUGUUGCGCUGACCCCCGCGAACGUUGCGCUGCUUCUCAAGAAGGGAUACGGCAAGGUCCUGGUCCAGCGCGGCGCCGGGUCCCACGCCGAUUUCCUGGACGACGCCUACAAGGCUGCCGGAGCUACUCUAGUCGACAGCGCCCAGGCAGUCUGGUCCGAUGCCCACAUCGUCCUCAAGGUCCGCAGUCCCUCCCUCGACGAGGUCGAGCUCAUGAAGAAGAAGCAAACCGUUAUCUCGUUCCUCCAGCCAGCCCAGAACAAGGAUUUGGUCGACGCCAUCGCAAAGAAGGGCGCCACCAGCUUUGCCAUGGACAUGAUCCCCCGUAUUUCCCGUGCCCAGGUUUUCGACGCUCUCAGCAGUAUGGCCAAUAUUGCCGGUUAUAAGGCCGUGCUUGAGGCCUCGAACAACUUCGGUCGCUUCCUCACUGGUCAGGUUACUGCUGCUGGCAAGAUCCCCCCCUGCAAGAUCCUCGUCAUUGGCGCUGGUGUGGCCGGUCUGAGUGCCAUUGCCACUGCGCGCCGCAUGGGUGCCGUCGUCCGUGGAUUCGACACUCGUCCCGCCACCCGAGAACAGGUCCAGUCUCUGGGCGCUGAAUUCGUCGAGGUCGAGAUAGAGGAAGACGGUUCCGGUGCCGGAGGCUACGCUAAGGAAAUGAGCAAGGAAUUUAUCGCGGCGGAAAUGAAGCUGUUCAAGGAACAGGCCAAGGACGUCGAUAUCAUCAUUACCACAGCUCUUAUCCCUGGAAAGCCUGCGCCAAAGCUGAUCAAGAAGGAAGCACUCGAUGUGAUGAAGCCCGGAAGUGUUGUUGUGGACCUGGCGGCUGAAGCUGGCGGAAAUUGCGAAGCUACCGUCCCGGGCCAGCUCGCGACAUACAAUGGUGUCAAGAUUAUCGGCUACACUGACCUCCCAUCUCGCCUCCCCACUCAGUCGUCUACUUUGUACUCCAACAACAUCACCAAGUUCCUGCUUUCGAUGACACCCAAGGAUAAGGAGUUCGGAAUCGACUUGUCUGACGAGGUUGUUCGAGGUGCCAUUGUCUCCCAGGAUGGUGAGGUUCUGCCUCCCGCACCGCGCCCCGCACCCCCUCCUGCUCCCGCCAAACCUGCCACGCCCGAAGCUACCGUCGAGGUCAAGGAGCUUACACCUUGGGAGAAGACUACACGCGAGGUCGCAGCUCUUAGUGCUGGUCUUGGUGGUGUUGUGGGUCUCGGAAAGCUCACCAGCCCUCUAUUCAUGAGCAAUGCCUUCACCUUUGGUCUUGCCAGUCUGAUCGGUUACCGUGUUGUAUGGGGUGUAGCCCCCGCCCUUCACUCACCUCUUAUGAGUGUCACCAACGCCAUCUCAGGUAUGGUUGGUCUCGGAGGUCUGUUCAUCCUAGGUGGUGGCUACGUGCCAGCGACAAUUCCGCAAACCUUCGGUGCCCUCAGUGUUCUCCUCGCUUUUGUUAACGUGGGCGGUGGCUUUGUCGUGACGAAGCGUAUGCUCGACAUGUUCAAGAGACCUACUGAUCCUCCCGAGUAUCCCUGGCUGUACACCAUCCCAGCUGUUGUCUUUGGUGGCGGCUUCCUCGCCGCAGCCAGUACUGGAUCCGAAGGUCUUGUUCAAGCCGGCUAUCUUGCCAGCACAAUUCUCUGUAUGUCAUCCAUCUCCGGACUUGCAUCACAGGCAACUGCAAGGCUCGGGAACAUGCUGGGCAUGCUCGGUGUUGGAACCGGUGUUCUUGCCAGUCUCCUUGCCGCCGGAUUUUCCCCCGAAGUCUUGACGCAGUUUGGUACGCUCGCGACCAUCGGAGCUCUAGCUGGAUUCCUCAUUGGCAAGCGCAUCACGCCUACCGAUUUACCACAGACAGUUGCUGCAUUACACUCCGUAGUCGGUCUCGCUGCUGUUCUCACCAGUAUCGGCAGCGUCAUGGGCCAUAUUGACGACGUCACCACCCUGCACAUGGUGACCGCUUACCUGGGUGUUCUCAUUGGUGGCAUUACGUUCACUGGAUCAAUCGUUGCUUUCCUCAAGCUCGCUGGCCGUGUCUCGUCGAAGCCCACCAUCAUCCCCGGACGUCACGUUCUGAACACGGGCCUGGUCACAGCCAACGCCGCUACUAUGGGUGCAUUUAUCACAAUGGCCCCAGGGAGCCCGAUGAUUGCUGCCGGAGCCCUGGCGGCAAAUGCUCUGCUGAGCUUCACCAAAGGAUACACCACCACGGCUGCCAUCGGUGGCGCCGAUAUGCCUGUUGUCAUCACUGUUCUCAACGCGUAUAGCGGCUUCGCUCUCGUGGCGGAGGGGUUCAUGCUUGACAACCCAUUACUGACGUCCGUUGGUGCACUUAUCGGAGUCUCGGGUUCUAUUCUCUCAUACAUCAUGUGUGUGGCGAUGAAUCGUUCAUUAACCAACGUUCUCUUCGGAGGUAUAUCUGCUCCGACGGGGGUCCAAGAGUACAAGCCACAAGGUGAAGUAACAACCACGUCUGUCGAUGACUUGGCCGAUGCCUUGCUCAAUUCGGAGUCGGUCAUUUUCAUCGUUGGAUAUGGCAUGGCCGUCGCCAAGGCCCAGUACGCAAUCUCCAACAUUGUAGAAAUACUGCGAUCGAAGGGCAUCACCGUCCGGUUCGCCAUCCACCCGGUGGCAGGCCGAAUGCCCGGACAAUGCAACGUGCUGCUUGCCGAGGCCAGUGUGCCGUACGACAUCGUUCUCGAAAUGGACGAGAUCAACGAUGACUUUUCCGACACCGACCUGGCUGUCGUCAUCGGUGCGAACGAUACUGUCAACCCCAUCGCCAUGGAGAAGGGAAGUUCCAUUGAAGGAAUGCCAGUGCUGCACGCAUGGAAGGCGAAGCAAGUUGUUGUGAUGAAGCGUGGCAUGGCAAGCGGAUACGCGGAUGUCCCGAACCCGAUGUUUUAUAUGCCGAAUACCAAGAUGCUUUUCGGAGAUGCCAAGGUUUCUUGUGAAGCCAUCGAAGCAUCAGUGAAGGGAAAGAUUUAA